UUUUCUCGUCCGAUUAUUCAUUUCUUGAUUAAAAUAGGAUAAGAUGCUGGUACUGUUCGAAACUCCUGGAGGAUAUGCUUUAUUUAAGGUCCUGGAUGAGGGAAAGAUUGAAGACGCUGCUUCUGUGUUUCAACAAUUCGAAACUCCUGAGAAGGCCAAUUCUGUAUUGAAACUGGUAAACUUCCAGAGAUUCAAGGAUACGACUGAAGCUCUUGCUGCCGCCUCUGCGAUGGUGGAUGGCUCUCUCGAUGAUUCUCUCCGCAAAUUCUUAAAGAAAUCUAUUGUCAAGGCCUCCCUCAAGGAUAAGCUUGCCGUUGCCGAUCCCAAGCUUGCAGGUCUGAUUAAAGAAGAGUUGGACAUCAAAUGUGUCAACAACACAGGUAUUAACGAGCUCAUGCGAGGCAUUCGUAACCAGAUGAAUGCUCUCAUCGAUUCGGUGACUCCGAAGGACAUGCAUGCGAUGAUCCUGGGUCUUUCUCACAGCCUGGGUCGCUACAAGCUGAAGUUCAGCGCGGACAAGGUGGACACGAUGAUUGUGCAGGCGAUCAGUCUGCUGGACGAGCUGGACAAGGAGAUCAACAUCUACGCGAUGCGUGUGAAAGAGUGGUAUGGCUGGCACUUCCCGGAGAUGCAGAAGAUCGUGCUGGACAAUAUCCAAUACUGCAAAUCGAUCCUGAAGAUGGGAAUUCGUCGCAACGCGCACGACCUCGACUUCUCCGACAUCCUCGAGCCCCAAGUCGAAGAAGAGCUCAAGCGCACCGCGCUGAUCUCGACCGGUACGGACAUCAGCGAGAGCGAUCUCCGCAACAUCCAGGAGCUCGCCAACCAAGUCCUCGACCUCGCUGCCUACCGCGUUCAGCUCUACGAAUACCUUCAAAACCGCAUGCACGCGAUCGCGCCCAAUCUCUCCGUGGUGGUCGGCGAAUUGGUCGGCGCGCGGCUCAUCGCCCACGCCGGCUCUCUGCUCAAUCUCGCCAAGUUCCCUGCGUCCACCGUGCAGAUCUUGGGAGCCGAGAAGGCGCUGUUCCGCGCGUUGAAGACGCGCCAUGAGACCCCGAAGUACGGUCUGAUCUACCACGCGUCGCUGGUCGGCCAGGCGGCGGCGAAGCACAAGGGAAAGAUCAGCCGCGUGCUGGCCUCGAAAGCGGCGCUGGCGAUUCGUGUGGACGCGCUGAGCGAUAAGCCGGACGCCUCGCUGGGAGAGGACGCGCGGAUGAAGGUGGAGGAUCGGCUGCGACAGCUGGAGGGCGGCGCGAUGCGCAGCGCGGCGGGGUCGAACGCGGCGAGACAGCGCAAUACGCCGGCGGAGAGAGUGGAGACAAGAGCGCCGGUGAAUCGGGCGAUCGAUUUGAGCAAGAUGGAGGAGGAAGAGGAGAAGGAGAAGAAGAAGCCGAAGAUGGAGGUGGAGGAGAAGAAGAAGGUGGAGGAAAAGAAGAAGGAGGAGAAGAAGGAAAAGAAAGACAAGAAGGAGAAGAAGGAAAAGAAAGAGAAGAAAGAAAAGAAGGAAAAGAAGGAAGAGAAGAAGGAGGAGAAGGAGGAGAAGGAGGAUAAAGACAAGAAGGAAAAGCAUAAGGAAAAGAAGGAGAAGAAAGAUAAGAAGGAGAAGAAAGACAAGAAGGAAAAGCAUAAGGACAAGAAGGAGAAGAAGGAUAAAAAGAAGGAAGAAUAA